UAAAAAUGCAUUUUUCUCUUGCGACAACGGUUACAUCAUAAUUCCUUGCAUGUAUGAACUGAGUGACCGAGUCAUACUCACGAUUUUGUUUCUUGUACCUGCGCUAACCUCAUCGGGCCUCUCUAUUUCAAUGUUCGAUUGGAAUAAAGAAACAAACAAAUUCAGUGUAAAAAAUUAAUAUGAUUGCUUAUAAAGAUCGUAUUUUUCUUUAAAUGGGGCAUGACUCAGGACGGACUUGGGGUGUUCAUACACUGGCACUUCACAAUUGGCUUGUUAUAAGAUAGACAAGUGCGGGGUUAUGAUGAUCCCUAUGGUUCUUGAUCGUGGAACAUCCUCAAAACCUGCUAAAAGGAAUUGAUAAAAACCCAUCAAAAUCAUUAAGAGUACGAAAAAAGUCAAAUGGUUCUGAAAUUGUAAUAUGCGCAGGACCUGAUGCAUUUUCCUUUCCCCGUUCCUAGUGGAAGAAUGACGAGAUGCUGCUCUUGGUCCCACCACUUAUCAAAAAUAUCCCUCACUAGACUGUCGUCACCAUCGCUUUUGUUCAUUUUCCACUCCACCGAUGUUCUCUGUGUAUGGAUUGGAGGGGCGGUGUUUUUCCCUCGGUAUUUUUUGGUCGCUUGACGGAAUAGAUGCCCCAAUGCCAAAGGAAAAGGUUUUUGGGUCAACGAAAUGGGUCUUUGCGAUUUGGAAGGAGUCGAGUGUCAUUUAUCUAGACUUGGAAGAGAGAUCAUAGCUAGCAGUGAAGAUGAUGCAUAAUUGUUCCCCUUCACUAGAGUUGGCAUGAAUAGGAAAUUGCCAUAAAUAAACGCGAUCUGCCGUCAUGACAAAUAAACCACAGAGGUUUCCACCUUUGCAAUGGAAGAAAGAUCACAAUGGUUGGAUCUGGGGCUACGUUAACGUGUUUGACUUGGGCAGUGGCCGGUCAAUUAAAAACCUACUUGCAGAAAAAAGGCAAUCUAGAAGAGAAGUUGGUUCUAAUUCAUGUAUGAAGUUCGAAGCACCAAAUCCGUGUGAAAAGAGCUUUAAUGUCAAGGUUCAGGAUGUUGAUAAAAGUGUGGCAGCGACUCUAGAGUUUAAGACAAGUGUGAAGGAACUGAUUGAAGAAGAUAUGUUAGCUGAUGAGCAAAAUCUUAAGAAACAGAGAAAUGACAUUGAACUUGAUCCUGGAGCAUGUAGUUUGCGCAAGGGAAGGAGCGUUACAAAGUGGAACUCCAAGAGGACAUAUGAAACUUAUGAUAGAUCCAGAAGAAGUAUGUCUCUACCUGAUUUGGAUGAUCUCAACUCUGAUACCAAACUGCCAGAUCAAGUUGAUGCUGUUCUUGAAGCAAAGUUAGGUGCAGCCAUUGAGAUGUUUGUAAGCCACAAAUUGAAGAGUGCUAGAUGCUUGGGAGAAGAUGAGGUAAUUGAUAACUCCAAAGAGUUUACAGAUGCUUUGAAAACACUAAGUUGCAAUAAGGAAUUAUGCUGGAGACUCUUACGAGAUCCAAAAUCUAGGCUGGUGAAGCACAUUGAGAGCUUAGAGGAUGAAGGUGAGGAAGGGAGGACAACUACCACAAGGCAUAUUAAAUCUAGUGUGAUGCAGAAAGAUGAUACAGUUAAAACAAGAAAGUGUCGCUUUUUUCGCAGGAGAAGAAAGAGUCAGGAAAGCUACCACCAUCCUUCAAUGGAAUAUGAGAGAUCCCAUCCUUCUACCAAAAUUGUAAUUCUAAAACCUUCAACCGCUGGCUUACACCCGUCUCAUAGCUUGGUCAAUAAGUUAGAGCAGAAUGUGAAAAACUCAUCGCACUUCUCAUUCACAGAGAUUAAAAAAAGGCUGAAGAAAGCCAUGGGAAAAGAACGGCAAGAGAUCCCUAGGGACUUGGCUAUUCGUAAAAAGCACAAUAAUACCAACAAAGUUGGGAUCAGUGGAGAAAAUAAUGGAUGGAGCUCUCCAAACAGAAACCAUUUUUACAGCGAGAGAUUUGCGAACCCUCCCUUUAACUUCACAAGAGGAGAUAAGAAAGGUAAGGAAAAAGAUAUUGAAAAUGAAGAAUCUAAAUAUAUUAAGCUGGAUAUAUCAAACACCACUCUUCAGGGAAAACAGGAAAAAGAGGAAGAGUUAAUUAGUGAGGAGCUUCCUCUUGAGGCUCAGUCUUUGGCUGCAGGGAUCAAUUCAGAACACGUUAAUGCAAGGGUUGAAGUUCCAUGUGACCUUACUUGUGACAAUUUAUUGGAAAUAGACAUUUCUUCUUGUAAUUAUGAAGUAGCUAAAUCAGAUAGGGAAGAAUCAGCCCCAACUGGAUACCAGGAGGAUGAAAAGGUUUUAGGUGCCUCUUGUGAGCGAAGUAGCUUUUCAGUUACCAUAGAUAGUGGACAUGAUGUCACACAAACGGUGGACGAAGAAACCUCCUUCAAAAUCUCAGAAGUUGCAUCCAGAUAUUUAUCCGAUUCCUCUGGGGAAAAAGAAAAUUUUUCUUGUUGGUCGGCUUCCCCUGACGUCAAUCCUUACAGCACUGUGUACCAUCCAGUUGAACUCCCAAUUCAGCCUCCGAGUGUCCAUUUCAAGGAACCAGCAGCUUCAUUGGACCAACAACUUGAUAUGUUUACUCUUUCAGAAAAUGAGGAGUCUGCAUUUGAAUAUGUCGAAGCGGUGCUGCUAGGUUCAGGAUUAAAUUGUGAUGAAUAUCUAUUACGCUGGCUUUCUUCAGAUCAGAUUCUUGAUCCGUCGCUGUUUGAUGAAAUAGAUUUACUGACUGAUCUGUCCUGUCGAAAACUCCUCUUUGAUUGUGUGAACGAUGUUCUUUCUGAGAUAUGUGGCCGCUACAUUGGCCAGUUCACUGGCAUGCCAUUUAUUAAACACAACCUUCGAUCAGCUCCAAAGGGGGUGGCCCUAAUCCAAGAGGUCUGGAAAGGAGUUGAAUGGUGGUAUCAUCUCAACAACACUCCACCACCCACCCAUUCUUUGGAUCCGCUAGUUGAAAAAGAUAUGGCAAGGCCUGCAGCAUGGAUGGACCUGAAAUAUGAUAUCUUAAACAUUGUUUUUAGGAUGGAAGAAGCUGUUCUAGAGGAGUUGGUGGAGGAAACUCUUUUGAUCUUUGCGGAUGAUAUACUUUGGAGGGCUAUGGCGUCCCCUCGGCAGAGAGCAAAGUAGAGGUCAACUAUGACUAGAGAACUAUAGAAACUCGUUAUAAAAAAAAUGGAAACUUGGGGGAUUGAUCAUAGAAGAUAACUAGUUGAAUCUUGAGCAUCCUGAAAUUAAUAGCUAUACUUGGUCCCAAGUAUGUUUGCCAUGCAGCCAUGCCAGCUCAAUUUCAGUUUCGUCCCUCAUGUGCUAGGAAUGAGAUGGUGGAUUUAAAGACUAAGACAAGAUUAGGAGGGUGGAAGAGUUUCGACUACUCUUCAGCAGAAACUACGGCAGAUGAGUGGUUUGGAAUGAUACUUUCCUAGUGGGGAAUCCAAAGAAAUCCGUGUUGAAGGC